AUGGUAGCGAAAACAGCAGCGAAUCCGUGCGACAAAAUUCUCACUAAGGACAACGUUUUCGCGAACCUGCGCAAGAUAGAAUAUGUGCGUGGGCCACUGAACAUCAGGGCGCUGGAGCUUGAAAAGGAGUUGCAGAGGGGCGUCAAGAAACCUUUCAAUGAGAUAAUCAAAGUAAACGUGGGCGACGCUCACGCGAUGGGUCAGCAGCCCAUCACGUUUGUACGACAGGUGCUGAAUCUGACAGUCUGGCCAAAGCUAUUGGACGAUCCGAGUUACCCGGAAGACGCAAAGGAACGAGCCCGCACAAUCCUUAAAGACUGUAAGGGCGGUAGUGUAGGCUCGUACUCGGAAUCAGAUGGCAUCGAGGUAAUCCGGAAGCACGUCGCAAACUACAUUCAACAACGUGACGGCGGUAUUCCUUCCGACUACCGCAACAUCAUCCUGUCAAAUGGCGCUUCUGAGAUCAUUAAAUCAUUUCUGAAACUGUUCAACGAAAUAAUCGACGAGAAACCAUCCGGCGUGCUGAUCCCGACUCCACAGUAUCCUCUUUACACGGCAAUCUUGGCAGAAUUUGGUCUCGCGCAGAUCGAAUACUACCUCGACGAAGACAACAAGUGGUCGCUGGAAGUUGAUGAAUUGGAACGAGUACUUGAGGAGGCAAAAGGCAGGUGCAAUCCACGAGUAUUGGUGGUGAUCAAUCCUGGUAAUCCAACCGGCCAAGUACUUACUCGCGCGAACAUCGAAAAUGUCAUUCGCUUCGCCCACAAGAAUCACCUGUUUCUGUUAGCGGACGAAGUUUAUCAACACAAUGUAUAUGAUAAAAAGUACGCGUUUUAUUCCUUCAAGAAGGUCAUGACAGAGAUGGGCGAGCCUUAUUCCAAAAUGGAACUCGCAUCAUUUAUGUCCGUUUCGAAAGGAUACAUGGGCGAGUGCGGGAUUCGCGGUGGUUACGCCGAAAUCAUCAACAUGGAUCCGGAUGUGAUGGACGUGUUGAUGAGAUCGGUUUCCACGAUGCUGUGCCCGAACGUCCUCGGCCAGGUCGGGCUGUUUGUCCUGGCGAAUCCGCCGCAGCCAAACGAGCCAUCGUACGAAGAAUUUCAGAAAGAGAAGAAGGAGGUCAUACAGUCUCUGAUGGAGAGAUCACGACUAAUCGUCCAUAUGCUCAACAGUAUUCCAGGAUACAAGACCAAUUCAGGACUGGGCUCCAUGUUUGUGUUCCCACGUUUUGACCUGCCACUAAAGGCGAUCGAGACAGCGAGAGCAAAAGACCAGGAACCGGACCUCUUCUAUGCAAUAAAGCUACUGGAAAACACUGGAAUCUGUAUAAUUCCGGGUUCGACUUUUAGGCAAAAACCCGGCACAUUCAUAGAUAAACCUUUCAAUGAGGUGAUCAAAGUGAACUCGGGCGACGCUCACGCGAUGGGCCAGCAGCCCAUCACAUUUCUACGACAGGUGCUGACUCUGACAGUCUUGCCAAAUCUGUUGGACGAUCCAAGUUACCCGGAAGACGCGAAAGAACGCGCCCGAACAGUCCUCAACGGCUGCAAGGGUGGAAGCGUGGGCUCGUAUUCGGAAUCGGCUGGCAUCGAGGUGAUCCGAAAGCAUGUCGCGAACUACAUCCAACAACGCGACGGUGGUAUUCCUUGCGACUAUCGCGACAUUAUCUUGUCAAAUGGCGCUUCUGACAUUAUCAAGUCAUUUCUGAAAUUAUUCAAUGAAGUAAUCGACGAGAAACCAUCCGGCGUACUGGUCCCAAUUCCGCAAUAUUAUCUAUACUCGGCAACUUUAGCAGAAUUUGGUCUCGCGCAGAUCGAAUACUACCUCAACGAAGACAACAAGUGGUCGUUGGAAGUUGAUGAAUUAGAACGAGCACUUGAGGAGGCAAAAGACACUUGCAAUCCACGAGUAUUAGUGGUGAUCAAUCCUGGUAACCCAACCGGCCAUGUACUUACACGCGCGAACAUCGAAAAUGUCAUUCGCUUCGCCCACAAGAAUCACCUGUUUCUGCUAGCGGACGAAGUUUAUCAACACAAUGUAUAUGAUAAAAAGUACGCGUUUCAUUCCUUCAAGAAGGUCAUGACAGAGAUGGGCGAACCUUAUUCCAAAAUGGAACUCGCAUCAUUUAUGUCCGUUUCGAAAGGAUACAUAGCCGAGUGCGGGAUUCGCGGUGGAUAUAGCGAGAUCAUCAAUAUGGAUCCGGAUGUGAUGGACGUGUUGCUAAACUCGGUUUCUACGACGCUGUGCCCGAGCGUUCUCGGUCAGGUUGUGCUGUUUGUCCUGGCGAAUCCGCCGCAACCAAACGAGCCAUCGUACAAGAAAUUUCAAAAAGAGAAGAAAGAGAUCAUACAGUCUCUGACGGAGAGAUCACGGCUAAUCGUCGAUAUGCUCAACAGUAUUCCAGGAUGCAAGACCAAUUCAGGACUGGGCUCCAUGUUUGUGUUCCCACGUUUUGACCUGCCACUAAAGGCGAUCGAGACAGCGAGAGCAAAAGACCAGGAACCGGACCUCUUCUAUGCAAUAAAGCUACUGGAAAACACUGGAAUCUGCGUGAUUCCGGGCUCGCGUUUUGGUCAAAAAUCCGGCACAUAUCACUUCCGGACUACAAUACUGCCGCAAAAAGAGAAGUUGAAGACGAUGCUUGAAGCGUUGAAACAAUUUCACAUCAAGUUUCUCAAGGAAUACAGCUAAAUCUCCUGAUAGAGAAGGUACGAAGGAAUGGAUUAACGAGAACGAGGGGAUUAUAUGUAUAUACAUAUAUUUGCG